GAGAUCAUUUUUCGCAUGGGCAUGCGCUCAGAGUUUCCCCAGGUUUUCCCUUGGUGGUUAGCAACAACAUCCAUCUCCAACAUGCUUGGUAAAUUGAUCGGUCAGAAAUAUUUUUCCAUCGCGAGAACAUGGGUUCCAACGUUGGCGGUGUGGGGUUCAGUUGGAGGGGUGGCAUUGGUACACUUCACUGACUGGCGCUUGAUCUUGGAUUAUGUACCGUACGUCAGCGGCAAAUUCAAGAACGAUGACUAGAGGCGUUUCUGUGGCUGAAGGUCAAUCUGUGCUUUCAGAGACAGGCCAAGAGAGAUGGAGAGAGUGUGAACAGACCAUCAGGCACCAGGACUCAACUCCACCCCAGGACAAAGAGAAGAGGAACACUGAUUUCACCUUUUUCAAUCAUUUUAAAUGGACUUUUCAUCCUGAUUUUGAAAUAACCGUGUUGUGCAUUUUGUCUUUUUUGGUAAUUGCUCAGCCAAUGGAAUGACAAGGAGGAAAUAGAAAUGCAUGUAUUGAGACAUUAACAUUGUAAUAUUUAUUCCCUUUUUGUUUGAUUGAAUUUUGUUGUCAUUUUAAAGCUUAGAGUGAAAUUCUACUUUUCGGGGUCAGUUAACUUAAGUGUUGGUUUUAACUGUUUGAUUUUCCAGAGCGAGGGCUAUGAAGUUAAAAUCAUACAGUCUCUGUUUUUCCCUUUGCUUUCGGUUCACUGUAUCAACCAUUAUCGUUUCAGUGUAGCCUGGUUACUAUUGGUAGUCUGUUUCUGCUUCUAAACUGUUGGCAUGACAAUGAUGUAGUUUAGUUCAACGCACAAACUUUUUGGUACCCGGCUUGUUUUCUUGGACCUCCUUUGUCCAACUUCUUAAUGAUCAUGAUGGUUGUUUUAAUCAAAUUAAGUGUACAAAAUUGUCUGGUAUUUUUCCCUAGCCAUUUGAAAUCUAUCCACAAUCUUGUGAUGAUAAUGGGGAAAAACAUUAAUAAAACGAGUAAUGUAACCUAGGUA